GGCUCGCAGGAGCGCACAGAGCGGAGCGCGGCGCACUCGGAGACACCGGCACCGGCGGGCACUGGCAGCGCCCACGCACCGCACCCCACCCCGCCUGCGCGCCUCCUGCUCCGCCGAGCCCUCUGCUCCGUGCGGGGGCGGCUGGUUUGACCGCGCAAAGGCGAUUUCGGCUCCAGACGAGGCAGCGGCGUUUGGAGGAGGGAGUAGGAGCAGCAGCAGCAGCGAGCGCUGGGUUUGGAGAGCUUCCCUGCGGGACCUCGGCUCUGGGCGGCCCAGAUGAGUGACUUUGGAAUCAAGAACAUGGAUCAGGUAGCUCCUGUAUCUAACAUCUACAGAGGAAUGCUCAAGCAUCAACCAGCAUUUGACGUCUUUGAUGUCACAAACUCUUUGUUUGCAGGAUAUUUUCCCUCUUUAAAUGAAGAUCAAACCCUUCAAGAAGUACCAACAGGGUUUGAUUCAAUUUCUUAUGAGUCAAACAGCUGUGAAUUGCCUCUCUUAACCCCAUGCAGUAAGGCUGUGAUGAGUCAGGCCUUAAAAGCUACUUUCAGUGGCUUCGCAAAGGAACAGUGUCGUCUGGGUAUCCCGAAUAAUCCUUGGCUGUGGACUGAACAGCAGGUUUGCCAGUGGCUUUUCUGGGCUACCAGGGAGUUUAGUUUGGCAAAUGUGAACUUUCAUCGGUUUGUUAUGAACGGCCAAGACUUGUGCAGCCUGGGCAAGGAACGUUUCUUGGAGCUAGCUCCUGAUUAUGUAGGCGACAUUCUGUGGGAACACCUGGAACAGAUGAUAAAAGACAGUCAAGAGAAGAGACUGGACCAAUAUGUUGAAAACUCUCAUCUUACCUCAGUCCCACACUGGGUCAAUAACAACUCAUUAAGUUUUAAUACAGAACAGGCCCCUUAUGGUAUGCAAAUGCAUAGCUACCCCAAAGCCAGCCUCCUGAGUGACUUAUGUCAGACUUCUGCAGGACCAAAUCUCCUCAGCCCAGAUCAAGAAUUUUCCAUGUUCCCCAAAGCUCAGUUAGAGACAGUCAAUGUGAACUACUGCUCCAUGACCCACGACUUCACAAACAAUCUGAACUUGCUGAUAGAUAACUCUGGUAAGCCUAGAGAGCAUGAAUCCAGUGACAGCGGCACAGAAAGUUAUGAAAGCACAGAUUCUCAACUUCAGUCCUGGAACAGCCAAUCAUCUUUAGUGGAUGUACAACGUGUGCCCUCUUAUGAAAGUUUUGAAGAUGAUUGUAGCCAGUCUCUAUGUCUGAACAAACCUACAAUGUCUUUCAAAGAUUACAUUCAAGAAAGAAGUGAUCCUGUAGAGCAAGGGAAACCAGUUAUACCAGCAGCAAUUCUAGCAGGCUUUACAGGCAGUGGACCUAUACAACUGUGGCAAUUCCUUCUGGAGUUACUAACAGACAAAUCCUGUCAGUCAUUUAUUAGCUGGACUGGAGAUGGAUGGGAGUUUAAACUUGCUGACCCAGAUGAGGUGGCACGACGGUGGGGAAGGAGGAAAAACAAGCCAAAAAUGAACUAUGAGAAACUAAGCCGAGGCCUGCGCUAUUAUUAUGACAAGAACAUCAUCCACAAGACGUCAGGGAAACGCUACGUGUACCGGUUUGUAUGUGACCUACAGAACCUGCUGGGGUACACGGCAGAGGAACUUCAUGCCAUGCUGGGAGUGCAGCUAGACACAGAAGAUUGAGCACUGCAAUAUCAUGCAAAACUGGCAAAGAUUGCAAGAUUUUGAACUGUGACUAGGACCCAUCUGCAGUCAGUCUUUUGACUGUUCAGAUUGGUGCAACUGUUAAGAAAUAAGGACCUUGAACUGGUUUUGUAAUCGGGGAAAGCUGAAGGAAGAAGUGGCCUUAUUUCAUCAGACGCAAUGGCUUCAAGUAUUGCUGCACCAAGUUCUUUGGAGCAGUGUGGCGGAUGGCACAGUGCCUAGCUCUAACCUGAAGACGUGAAAAUGCUCUAGGGUUAAAUGUUUUGGCUUUUUACACUGCCAUAUAAUUAUGGGU